CCCAACCGGGUCUGCUGCCCGAGUGGGACUUUCCCUGGAAACUUUAUGUGGAAAUACUUGACAGUCUGAAUUCGGGGGAAGGGAGGACGCGAUGUUCUCCCUCGGUCUCGCUCCCCACCUCACUCGACACCCCAGCCGUAAACACACACACACACAUACGCACACACACAUUUGUGUCCAAGGUUAUUCACUAGUUGCCUGAUGUAUUGUUUUAUUACAUGCCGGCAUGUCCACGGACGCGCUCGGAUUUGUAUUGCUGUCUACAUGACAGAUGGUGCUCUGUGAGGCCGCAAGAAGAUACGAUUCAAUUUUCUUUUGAAAGGCACGUUCGCAUUUAUUUAUUUAUUUAUUUAGCCUCCCCCCCUUUUCGCGCAGGGAGGGGAGAGGAGGGAAAAUUUAAAGGGAUGGAAAAGUUCUGCCGCAGCUUUGGGGUUUUGUUUCUUUUUGAAUCCCACGCUUAGAAAAUCGAGACUCUCACAACAUCCCCGUUUGGUAACUGGCAAAACGCUAUAUGCACAAUUUGCAGGAGGAAAAGGAAAAAAAAAAGAAAACAGGAGUCCAAAGAAAAGAGCGGAGGGGAGAGCCUAGCAAAUACAUCAGAUCCCGUAGGGAUUGGGGAAAUAAAUCUCCCCACUGGCCUUGUUAUGCAUGAGGAACCUUGAUUUGUGUAUUUAAAAGCAUCAUGUCUGUAGCCUGGAUCCCGUAGAGUGUUACCGAAAGAGAAAUGGUUAGGCAAAAAUUGGUAGACCAGAAAAGACUCUUAAAAUUCGGGGUAGGGGACGAGAAAUCGACAUAAUAUUGAGCCACUGGAUAUUAGCUUGUUUGAAAAAAUAUAUAUAUUCUAUUAUUGCUCUCCGGGCCUGUUCCUACACCCAAGCAAGCGCCCAGAAUAACGGCAGGGAGUAUAUUCCGCUGAAGCUGCCGUCAGACUCUAGAAAGGGGAUGGUUAAAUGAGGGGGCAUCGUUUACCCCGAUAUUCCUCCCAUUAGUACUCCUUGAAGGAGCCGCGACCCGCCCUCCCGCUGCCGGCCCGGCUCUCCCUAAGGCGGUACCGGGGCCGGGGGCAAGGCGCGGGGACCAGCAUGUCCCUUGUGUCCCUGCCCGUGUCCCUGCCCUGUGCCUUGCCCCUGUAUCCCCGGUGUCCUGACCCGCUCUCUUCGCUUUCUCUGUCCCGGGAAGGCUCCUCCGCCCCCUCCAAGAUGAUGCUUAGCCCGGACCAAGCCGCCGACUCCGACCACCCCUCCUCGGCGCCCUCCGACCCGGAGUCCCUGGGCGGCGCGGAUGCCCAGGCUCUCAGCUGCUGCGUGUCCGACCCGGAGCCCGCCGAGGGCGGCGGCGGCGAGGGCCGGGGCGGCGGCGGGGGUGGCGGCGGGGAGGGCCGGGGCGGGGGCCGGCCGGGGCUGCACCCGCCGCCGCUGAGCCGGGAGGAGAAGCGGCGGCGGCGCCGCGCCACGGCCAAGUACCGCUCGGCCCACGCCACGCGUGAGCGGAUCCGCGUGGAGGCCUUCAACCUGGCCUUCGCCGAGCUGCGCAAGCUGCUGCCCACCCUGCCCCCCGACAAGAAGCUCUCCAAGAUCGAGAUCCUGCGCCUCGCCAUCUGCUACAUCUCCUAUCUCAACCACGUGCUGGACGUGUAGCGCCCGGCGGGCGCCCGGAGCCCCGGGACAUCCCCCGCCCGCGGCCCCGGCUCCGGCCGCGGCGGGCAGCGCCUUCCCCGGGGCCGGCGGCGGGGCGGGGGGUCCCCACUGCCUGCCCUCCCUCCCUCCCCGGGCGGGCUCCCGCCCGGCCGAGAGCCCGCUUUUCGAAGAGAAGUGUAAAACCGGAUUGUUUCUUCAGGCUGUCAAGUGCCCCUUUAUAUAUAUCCAAAAACAUCUACUUGUGACCUUAAACGUGUGACCCAUGGGUGCAGUUAAAAAUAACUAUUUUUUAUUUAUGGUAGAAGGAGUUGACAAUUUAUUUUUUUCAAGAUUUAUUUAUUUUUCAGAGUGGUGGCAAUUUUACUUUGGAUACUUCGUGCCAAUUGGUUUCUAUAGUCGGGUGUUUACACUUUCUCCUGUGGAAUAUUAUGUUUGACUUUAUGAGUGUUUGUUGGGAUCAAUACAGUGGUUUCUUUUUAAUUUAUUUUUUUCCCUCCAAUUAUAUUGCACUUGUGUACCACAAACCUCCCCUCCCUUCCUGUUUAUAAGUAUAUUUUAUAUAUAUCAAGGCAUUUGUUCUUGACCUUUUUUCUUUCUUUUCUUGUGUGGGAUUGACAACCACUAGCACUUAACUAGAAGAGUUUUUUUAAAAGAUUUGUUGUUAUUCUGAUCUAUAGUUCUGUCUGAAAAGUACUUUGCAAAUCGCUUAUAAGGGAAAUAGUUUCUUUGUGAGUGUAUAUGUGCGUGUGUGUAUACAUGCAUGUGUGUGGGAGUGAGCGUGGGCGUGUAUGUGUGUGGUAUAUUUUUAGGAAAGGACAUUUUUUCCUAAAAAAAAAAGAAAAAAAAAAGAAAGAAAAGUAAAUCCAGGACUGCUUUCCUUUGUGACAACCAAAAAAAAUCUAUAACCUGAAAAUGUUUCAUGUUCUUUGCUGUGAAUCUCUUAAAACAAGAAGCGCAUUCUAGGGACAAAAGA